GAUUCAUGGCCCGGGCAGGUGGGAAAACACUGCUUAAGAAAUAACUUCCUAAAUUCUGUUUUGGGACUGUGGAAAUUCCACUGCUGUAGUAGAAUCCCUGACAACUACUUGUAUAUAAGAGUGAAGCCAAAUCUGAUCUCGUUCAUGGCAUCAAUAUCUCUGUCAGCAGUCAAAGGAUUUGAUUAGCUUAAACAAUGAUAUAUAUGUACAGAUAUAUUCACUCUGUCUGGACAAUCUAACGAGGUCCAAAAGGCUCAAAGCUAGCAUUUUGAGGUUAUCUGAGGUCAUCAGUAACAGACGUGUACUUAGAUAUUGAGAAUAUCUGAACAUCUCCCAGUUGCUGUAGGAGUGGUAACAAAGACAAGCAUGGAGAGACAUCACAAAAAUGCACUGCUGAACCACGAAGGAUUCCUGUAUGUCACAGAAAACAUGCACAGUGAUGAGGUAGCACCACAUCUCAUUGGAGAUGGUAUCAUCAGUGAUGACCAAUAUGAAAACAUAGCAACACAAACAGCUCCUAAUGGCCAAACAAAUACUGCAAAGAAUACAAAACUCAUGGAAUACAUUAUGAUGUGUGAUCCUGCAAAGGAACCCUUUGAGAAACUAUGUAAAGCUUUGGAUGACACAGACCAAUCUUUUUUAAAAGGACAUCUUCAAAGUGCACUAUCAAGUGCUCUUUCCACUGCCAAGGCAGACUGCAAAGACAGCUGGACAUCUGAAUUCAGCACAGAAAACUUAAAAUGGUGGUGCUUUAAAAAACAGACUGUAUUACUUAUCUUCAUCCUGAUACUUCUGUGCACACUCAUCUUUAUGUCAGGAAAAGUAAUGACCAAAUUGAAUUCUCAAACAGAGCAUCAAAUAAGUAGCCACUCAAAUUUAACCUUUCAAUCUUUGUUUUAUGACCUUUUAAAAAUCUCUCCUGCUUUGCAAAACAAUGGGCACCCAUUCAGGAAAAAUAUCAGUUCAGCUGCUGCUGCCACCUAUAAUGCAACACUUACCACAAAAGUUGCAAAAAAUACAAAAAGACCUCCAGUUGGCCUUACCAAAGGAACAAAACAAUCAGGCAAAAGGAAAGGGUCUUGGGUUUCAACCAAAAUGAGCUCAAUGCACAAAAUCAAAAUGCCUGGUGCAAGAGAAGUACAACUAGUUCGAGUUGGCCUCACCAAAGAUACAGAGCUAUCUAUCGGUGGUGGAAGUGGUGGAUCAGUAAAAAUGCUGUUUGUUUUACCUCAACACCAAUCAUCAUCAUCAUCAUCAUCUCUUGGCCACAGGAGUGGGCAGCUUUACCAUGGCCUGUUCUAUCAAAACAGCACAAUCACACAAUACUGCACGCAGCCCUGUUGAUCGAGCUCAAUUUAUGUGCCCCUUGACCAGGGUAUCUAUAAAAGUUAGCAUCCUCAAUGCAUUCCUGCUUUCAAAUUGACCAAAGCUUGUGGAUUUUCAAUGACUCUAAAUCCACCAUGGAUCACCAGGUGGCAGUGCCCAUGUUUGUUUUCAAGAGAA